UAAAUAACAUCAUCCCCGGUUUUGGAUUUUUGUGGUCGUCUUCUUCUUCUUCUUCUUUUCCCCAACAAACCCCUCCCUUCUUUCCUCAUGGCCAACCAACCUCCUGUUCGUCCAUGGUUUCGCUUAGCCUCCCUCCGAGCCAUUCCACCCGCUCCCGCUCCUGCUCCGCCACCGACAACCGCUCCCGCGCGGGCACCUGCGCCUGCUCCUGCGCCAGCGCCCGCGCCUGCACCUGCACCUGCACCGCCGCCAGCACAGCCUGAGACGCGGCCUGCGGUGGUGAGACCUACAUUUAGGACGAGUUCGGCGCCCUCAUCACCUCAGACUCGACCUGUGCAACCGGCGCCCGCGCCGGCACCUGAGACACGCCCUCCCGCACCUGCACCUGCACCAGCACCAGAACAAGCAAAGCCAGAGCAGCGACCCCUGGUGGUUAGACCCGCAUUUAGGACAAGUUCUGCACCGUCAUCACCGCUGCCGCGAGCACCGCCUCCUGCGGAGGAACCUGUUGCUCCUCCGCCGCCACUGGUGGAGAGAAGGUCUGUACCGCCGUCACCAGUUCAGAAAGCGCCUUCUCCUGUUCAAAGGGUUCCUUCUCCGGUACAGAAGGGGACAUUCUCGGCUCCCCCAUCGGUUCCAUCUGACUUGAAUGGUAAAAGCCAGUCUCCGAAGACGAUAAAGCCAGCGGUUCAGGCUGUGACGGUGGAGUCGCCGAAGGUGAAGCCCAUCACUGCUCCUCCGCCUUCUCCAUUGGUUCUUCCACCCGCGCAGACUGAGCUGCCGAAGGAGGCAGAGGCUGAGCAGAAGACGGUGCUGUUUCAGAAGACCGUGGAGAAGCCAAAGCAAAGGGUGAACAGUGAGAAACACGGCAUUCUGCAUCAUGAGAAACACGGAGGACACAGAGAGAUGAAGAGAGCAGAGGAGUCGGGAAUGAGGGUGAUAACAAUUGCAGGGGAAAACAGAGGAGCUUUCAUGGAAGUGAUUCAAUCCCCAAACAAACUCAACAAGAAAGGGAUCAAAGAGGGUUCUGAAUCAGAGAAAUCCAGCGAAGAAGGAGACGGGAAGAAUUCCAAGAAGAAGGGAAAGGGCCACAAAGGAAAAACAUCCUCGUUGCCAAUGACAGCAUUCUUGAACAGCAAUGUGCAGGGCGUGAACAACUCGCUCAUGUACAACUCAUCGUGCACCCAGCACGACCCGGGAGUCCGCUUUGUCCUGUCCAAGAAGCCACUGGCAGAUGGGUUUCAGAUCAAAGAACACAAGAAUUGAUUUUCAAAAUGGAGUCUGAUUAAUUGUGUCUGUCCUGGUUUAGGCGCAUACGCGCGCGCACACACACACACCCACACAUGCAGAGGAAAAAAAUAAAAAGGCUAAGAUUGAGAUGCAUUAUUGGCCCAAGAGAGGAAAGGGGACGGAUUCUUGUGCUUCUGCAGAAGAUGAAGAUUCUCCGGUGCUUCAAUAAAUGAAACGAAACUAAAAAGAUUCAGUCAUGAGAUUAGUUUUUGUAUGAGAGGGGCUUAUAUUCUGCGUUAUGAGAUGAAGAAAAUAAGUAAUACUAGUAGUCAGCUAAACAUUGUUGUUGUCAUAAAUCAUAGUUACCGUCCUUUAUUAUUGUUUGCCUUUGCCACAUGUAAUCUUGUUCUGCAUGGAAUUUGUUGUGACCAAUAUAGUCCUGCCCUUUUCCUUGUGACUUCAAUCAAUUGAAUUCUAUACAUACUUU